GCGCACGUGCACUGUUCGUCUGGCGUUAUCACGAAAUCCUCGAGUCGCUAGAGGCACAACAGACUGACUGACUCACUGACUGUGGCGUUAGGCAGCAGCUGCUGGUUCGGGCAUAGAAUAUUGCCCCCCGACCACGAUGGCAGGGGCCCCUAAAUAACAGCAAGGUUUAUCUGCUUUAUCAGUCUGGAGUCUGGACGCUGGUCUUGAAGAAUUAUAAGGACCCCCGGAUAAGUGAUAACUGAUAAGUGAUAAUAAAUAAUUAUUCCACCUUGGUUCUAUCUAUCGUUAUGAAGAAAUAAAUAUUAAGAAGUUUCUGUGGUCAAUUGAUUAAGUAGUAUUUUCGGAAAACAUCAAAAUGAAUAUAUUGCCAAAAAAGAGGUGGCAUGUACGAACCAAAGAUAACAUUGCRCGUGUUAGGCGCGAUGAAGCACAAGCAGCUGAAGAAGAGAAAAAACUUAAGAUGAGAAUACAGUUAGCUGAGCAAGAAACAAAACUUUCAUUGCUGAGAGAUAGGUCAAAAAAAAGAUAUGAUGACUCUGCUGAUCGACCCAAAGAAACUAAACCAGAAAUCCCAAGUCAUGUUAAUUUUUUCCAAGACCUUGAAGAUGGGCAUGUUGCUCACACAGGUGUUAACAAAGAACACGAACAGGAAAAAAAGGAAGAAAAAGAAGCAUAUGAGAAAAAAGUUGGUUAUCUUACUUAUUUAGGACAGGACACUGAUGAGGUGACUGGCAAUGUACAAUGGUAUAACAAAAAACCAAAACGAUUAGAUUUGUGYGAAACUGAUAAAGAAAUAGAAACAAAAGUUAAAAUAUUUAAUGAUCCACUUAUUGUCAUGAAGAAAUAUGUCGAAGCUGAUCCAAAAAGCAAUAAACAUUCAAAAGAAUUAGAAAAUAAAAAGGACAAAUUACCUAUAACAAAACAUAAGAAAAAACAUAAGAAAAAAGAAAAAAAAAAGGAUAAAAUUAAUGACAAAAACMAAAACAAAUUAAUUUUAGAACAACUCAGAGAAAAGAGAUUAAAGAGAGAGAGAGAAGAGAGGUUUAGAGCUAGUCAAUUAUUGGCACGAAUAAAUGGAGAUGUACCUGUUGAAGUUUCAAAACCACAACYAAAACCAACUAUUGUUCAAAAGUAUAAUUCUCAGUUCAAUCCAUAUUUAGCUAAGCAAAAUUAUCCUACGAGUUUUAAUUCUUAAACAUAGAAUCUAGAAAAUUUAUUUUUUUUGUUUGAUAAAUAUUUUAAA